ACUAAAUUUGGGAGAAAAUGGCAAAUCCAAUAAAUGGUCCAACGUUCUAGCUACCAUGCAUGAACCUUGAUGAAAGUUGAAAAGCCAUGGUUUACUGGGGCAGAAAACAAGGAGACCUAAAUCCCUCAUUUAUGUGUGUGUGUGUGUGUGUAUAUCCUGCAUUCAACAGUGAGGAUAGGUAUCUCAUCCCUCUGAUCUCUUUUACUCUGCGGGGAGGAUAACCAUUUUCGAAGGUAAAAAAAAGGUCAAAUGGAAAUGGUUGGCGUAGAAAACCAGUUGGAAAUGGCUUGCUCAGAAAAACAGCUGGAAAUGGCUAACUCUGAAAACCAGUUCGAAAUGGCUUGCUCAGAAAAACAGCUGGAAAUGGCUAGCUCUGAAAACCAGGUGGAAAUGGCUUGCUCAGAAAAACAGCUGGAAAUGGCUAACUCUGAAAACCAGUUCGAAAUGGCUUGCUCAGAAAAACAGCUGGAAAUGGCUAGCUCUGAAAACCAGUUGGAAAUGGCUAUCUCAGAAAAACAGUUGGAAGCGGUUAGCUCAGAAAACCAAUUGGAAAUGGUCGGUACAGAGGGCCAAUUGGAAAAUAUAGUUGGUGCAGAGAAUCAAUUGGAGAUAUCACAAAAAAGCCAAAUGGCAACUGUUAGCACAGAAGGGGAAAUAGAAAGAGUUAGCAAAGAGGGUUCAAUGGAAAGGCUAACAGUAGAAGAAGAGAAAGAGAAAUGGACAACACAUUAUAGCAGCCAUCAAAACAUACUACUAGUCGGAGAAGGGGAUUUUUCUUUUGCUGCAUGCUUAGGUAAAGCCUUUGGGUCUGCUGCUAGCAUGGUUGCAACUUCUCUGGACUCAAAAGAAUGUCUAGUGGCCACCUAUUCAAGAGCUGCAGAAAAUCUGAAAAAGCUGAAGGACCUUGGAUGCACAAUUCUGCAUGAAGUAAAUGCACAUACAAUGGGCUGCCAUCCUCUCCUCCAUGAGCAAUGGUUUGACAGGAUAGUCUUCAACUUUCCUCAUGCGGGUUUUCACUAUUUAUACCGUGAAUAUGAUAUCCGCCUGAUUGAGUCUCACCAAAAGUUAGUGAAAGGCUUCCUGAGGAGUGCAAAUGAUAUGCUGUCGAAGAAUGGAGAAGCUCACGUGACCCACAAGACUGCUCAUCCAUUUGAUAGGUGGGAGAUUGAGAAACUAGCAGAGGAUGUUGGUUUGUGCUUGAUUGAAAAGUCCGAGUUCUUUAGAUGGGACUUUCCAGGAUAUUGUAAUAAGAGAGGGGAAGGGGACAGGGCGGACGAUAGUUUUCCUGUGGGAGAUUGCUGUACUUUUAAAUUUGGGAGGUCACAAGGCUAGAAGAGAAAAGACAAAAGGUAGCUGAGUGGUAGAAUGAACUCUUUAUAAAAUUAUCCCUUUUAAAUACUAGCAAAAUUCUA